UAGUUUUUUUUUGUGUUUUUGCAACAAUGCUCAUCUUGUGGCCUCUUUGUAUAAUGCUGAAAGGACAACGACUUCUCCGCUAGUCUGUCUUUGCGUUUGUGCUGUCUUGACAACACCAACACACUUCCAAACGGAUAAUUUUCCGGAGCACGCUGCCAUCCUGCCCCCUGGGUAAUGACGAGCGGCAGCAUGAGUGGGGGUGUGUCUGGACCCACUUCUCCACCCCACCCCACUGUUCCAUCAAGACCUCUCCGGCCUAGUCGCUAUGUGCCAGUCUCUGCGGCAACAGCCUUCUUGGUCGGAGCAACCACCCUCUUCUUCUGCUUCACGUGCCCUUGGCUUUCAGAGCAGUUUUCCGUCGCUGUGCCAAUCUACAAUGGCAUUAUGUUUCUGUUUGUUCUUGCCAACUUCUGUAUGGCCACCUUUAUGGAUCCUGGCAUCUUCCCUAGAGCUGAGGAAGAUGAGGAUAAAGAGGAUGAUUUCCGAGCUCCUCUUUAUAAGACUGUGGAGAUUCGAGGCAUUCAAGUGCGGAUGAAGUGGUGCUCUACUUGCCGUUUCUACAGACCCCCACGUUGCUCACACUGCUCCGUGUGCGACAACUGUGUGGAGGAUUUUGAUCAUCACUGUCCGUGGGUCAACAACUGUAUCGGCCGGAGGAACUACCGUUACUUCUUCCUGUUCUUGCUCUCUUUGACGGCUCACAUAAUGGGCGUAUUUGGCUUCGGCCUGCUUUUUAUUCUCUACCACACCCAGCAGCUGGACCGAGUGCAUUCGGCUGUCACUAUGGCUGUCAUGUGUGUCGCUGGGCUUUUCUUCAUCCCAGUGGCAGGUCUCACUGGUUUCCAUGUCGUUCUGGUGGCAAGGGGCAGGACCACCAAUGAGCAGGUAACAGGGAAGUUCCGGGGAGGUGUGAACCCCUUCACAAAUGGCUGCUUGAGGAACGUUUCACACGUUCUGUGCAGCUCACAGGCACCCAGGUAUCUUGGUAGAAAGAGGAAAGCUCAGACAGUGUCUGUUCAGCCUCCUUUCCUCCGACCGCAGCUUACUGAGGCUCAACUGGCAGCCAAGGUGCUCGACAACGGAAUCCAAGGAGACCUUCACCGGUCUAAGAGCAGUUUGAUGGAGAGUCAGUCUGCUGAUGCCGAGCCUCCACCUCCACCUCCACCUAAACCAGAGCUCAGAUACCCUGGGCUGUCCCGAGGACCUGCCGGACACUCCGAGGAGAGUAGUCUGUUGAAUAAAGCCCCGCCCACCCCCACCAUGUUCAAGUACAGGCCCACAUACAGCAGCCCGGGCAAGAACCACACUGCCCUCACACAUGCCUAUGCCAACCAGAUGAGUCGCGGGGACAGUCUUAAAGAGUCCUCUUCCUCUCUCUUCCAGUCCAGUCAGCAGCCAGGCUAUCGCUCUGAGCCCAGUCUGGAUGGGAACGAGGGGGGUGGAGUGGAGCGAAGAGGGCCAGAGCGAACACCUGGGGGUCCUGGAGGACCUCCAGGCUCUGGGAUCACCGGAUACUCCCUAGGAGGGCGUUCGUAUCCCUCCUUCUCUGAUCCCACAGUUCUCGCCGGAGGGGCCCCGCGGUCCUCGCGGUCCUCCAGUGUUCGCUCUUCCCACAAUGCCCCUCCAUCCGAAGCCACCACCUCCACCAGCUACAAGAGCUUAGCCAAUCAGACGCCACCGCCAGCUCCUCGGAAUGGCAGUCUGUCAUACGAUAGCCUGCUCACAUCGUCCGAAAUCCCAGAUUUUGAGUCGGCAGCACCUGAGAUGUCACCAGGCCGACCGCGCACGCCUGUAGUUGGAUACAGUUCACCUUUCCUGUCAGCACAGAUCGCCCAGCAGCGGGAGACGGAGCUCCACCAGCCAUCUGCCUCCAGCGCUGCCCUCCUCGCCUCACCGCAGCACACUGGCUAUCUACGUGGCUCCACCACUUCUCCGCCCGCUCCACCUGAACGUGAGCGGGAACGUCUGCUGCACGACUCUCAGCAUCAGCACCACCACCACCACCAUCAUCACCAUCACCAUCGGCCGCUCCGCUUCUCUCGACCUCCCCUGCUCUCUGACUCGGGCCCACCUCAGCCCUCAUAUCCAUACCGCACGCGCUCCACUGACACGCCCCUGCCGCCCAGCGCUCACCCGCCACACUCGCCACACCCUCCGCCGCUGGGGAAGUCUCUGUCUUACUCUAGCGCUGCCGCUGCAGAGAUGCAGUACCGCCUGGUCCGCAAAGCCUCGGCCUCGGUCGGGGGAGGGGGCAUACAGGCGCCAAAGGACGAGAUUCAGAUGAAGUCAUAUAGUCGGUCAAACGGGCAACCGAAACCUUCCACCCCCUCGUCCCCCUCUCAUCCUGUCAGCGUGUCCACUCGCCCAGGUCAGGCAUAUUCCAGUGCUGGCUCUUCUCAGAGCCCCGCCCAAAAGCCUGGAGGCGGGGUGAAGAAGGUGACUGGCGUCGGAGGGACCACUUACGAGAUAUCAGUGUGAGAGAGACUCUGGUUUGACCCAUGUUGUCCAGAAUGGAGCCAUGGACUCAUGUUCCUUUGACACAGCAGAGAAAACCCUGUUUGGUGGACAUUUAUUAGUGCCUCCUGGAAAGAUCUGAAAACUUCUGUCCUCUGCUGUUAUUUUUUGACCAGCAGGUUUUGGUUCGAUAUGACAUAGAGGAGGAGGAGGAGGAGCAGGGGGUCAUUCAAUCCGUGAUAUAUUAGUGGGACUUUAGGACUCCUCACCAGUAAGGAGCUGGAGCGCAUAAUCAGUUUGAUGGCAAAGGACCAGAUUGCCUUGAAAACAUUUCAGUACAUUACAACAACAAAAAAGAUUUUUAUCCAACAUAAAUGUGUAAAUUGUUCUGUAUAGACAAAAAAUGAUCAGUUGUGUUAGUUUUUUUUUUUUUUUUUUUUAAUCACCGAGUGGAUUUUUACAAAAAAGGACCUGUGGCAUUCAGUAGACAUUUCAGACCACUGUGUUUGGCUUGUGACAAUGUUGCGUCCGUAUCCAAAAUCCAAUCAGCACCAGGGAAGCAAAACAGUAGAAAAGAUAAGGAAAUGGACUAAAGCAUUAUUUAAAUGACAGCAGCCUUUUAAAGUUCAAGUAGUGUUUUCUGAGCAAUGGCUUUGGAAAUUCAAGGAAGUUUUUAUUUAAUUUAUAAAGUGUUAUUUUAUAUGACUUUAUAAAUGGCUAUUGAUAAAAUCUUUUUUCUUUACUUUUUUUUCUACAAAGGCUGAUAUUUGUUCUCUAUGGACUUUUAUCUAAUCAAAUAGAGAGAUAAAGAGCUGAUGGCCGCUCUAGCUGGAAAGUGAUCAACCAGUAAUCAGAGGGUUAAUCGUAGCAUAAAAAUGCAUUUGAUAUGGUGGAGCCCAAUCUGUGGGGAAUAUUUCAAAUUUUAUCCUAUAAACAUUGGAUUGGCUGCCUCUUAGAUCGGAUUUAUUUUUUCAUUUUGUUUUAUGUGAAAGCCAAAUCUCAUUGGUGGCCUUGUCUAGCCAGCCAUGUAGGAUGUUAAAGCUUCCUGCUCACGAUGCCACAGAACAGUGGGAAACUAUAUCUGUGCCCUCUGAUUGGACAGCAGUUGAACCAAUCAGUGAAAGUUAGCUGUCAUUAUGAAUCAGUGAAAGCCUUUUAUUUUUAAUGAUUUAAUUCUUAACUGUUGCAUUUGAGAAGAUUGUGAUGUUGUGCAGGACUCAUUUCAAUCAAUGUCUGUCUUGUCAGGGGUGUUGAUCAACAUUUAGAUCAGAGCUGGCCAAUCAGGAGACAGAAUGUAUUUGUUGACUUGUAUAAAGCCAAUGAAUACACUUAUAGAAAUAUUUUGGAUCAAAAGAUGGAUUGAAGGGAGGGAGGGUAUGAAAUAAAGAACGUGUACUGUAUAGUUCAGUGUGAGUGAACAUGGUUGUGAAUAUGUGUAUGCGUGUGUGUGUGUUUGAGCAUUGGUAAUAAACUCUUUAUAAAUCA